AUGUGGAAGUACAGCUUCAUCCAUUCUUAUCAAGUCAGCUUGGACAAUCCCGAAACCGCCGAGCUCCUGUGCGGCCUCGACGGCACGGCCAUCACUCUCGAUCCACCAUCCGAGCCGCCUCUCCACCUGCCCCGCCAGACCUGGGUGAUCGAUAAGACGCUCUCUGAACGGUCUGAAUGGAUGAUGCAGCAAGACGUUGACGAUGGCCUUGGACUUCCGUACGCAGCUGCUAAGUUUCUCUGCCACCCCAAAGGAAAUCCUAGCAAGAAAGCUUUUAUGCGGAUUUAUUUUCAAAUUCCAGUCAUUGGCACUCAAUAUCAGAGCCCUCAAAUUCGACAAAAGCAGGCUGCUAAGCCACAACCGCACGUUGAGUUGACGACCUUGAAAGUGCUCAAUAAAUAUGGAUGCAAUGUUGUCCCUGACCUCCUUGCUUACCAAGAGAGAGAGCAAGGCGAAGAUAGUAUCGUUCCGGAGGGCUAUAUCACUUAUUUGGUCUGGGACAAAGUUCCCAGGGAGUCUCUCAGGGAAGGAGAAUUCUGGGGGCUAGAAAUUGAGUCGCGCCGAGAGAUCCGCGAUAAAUUUUGUCAAGCCUUUCCAAAGCUGAAGAAGCACGGUUACCUACCGUGUAUGUCAACUAUGUCGAAGAUCAUCUAUGAAAGGCCACCGGGAAUAUGCAUUUCUCGGGGUUUUCACGCGCAGGCCGUACUGAUGCAAACGAAGAGUGGCAUGACAACAAAGAGUUCAAGUGGAUCAUUCGAUAUAUUCCCCGACAGCGACUCAGCAUCGGAAAGUGAAUCUGGACAGCACAAGUCUACCGAAAAGCAGCAAAAGCACAGAACACUAGGGCUCGCACGUGUGAACUCGUUACUCCUACCAGCAAAGCGGAGACCACGCCCCGCCAUCCGAAGAGAGACUGAAGAUUACGACAAAGAGAACGAUGUGGCAGGAUACACCACAGAUGGACAUCGCACUCCAGAUUUAACGCCAACAAGGCCGAUUGCCACACAGGCUCCCACAAGAAGCAGAGUGAAUUAUUUCGUUGCGACACAGCCCGUGAUUGACCGCCAAGAGGAACAAGAGGAGCCAGGAUUCAGCUUUGAAGAAGAAGAUAGCUCUGACUCACUAGACGGGUUCAUUGUCAGUGACAAUGAAGAGCUUAGCUCCUUUGAGACAUCGGAUUCCGAGACAGCCGACAUAGAAGCCGAACCUAGCCCGGUUCCAUCGCCUGUGAGGUCGCCAAGAAAAAGACUCAUGCGUGGAAGACGACCUAUAUCAGAAGCAGAAUCCAACACCACUGCAGAUGAGGAACCAUCAAUGGAAAUGACCAAGUUGGUGAAAGAGACGGACCGAUCAACUGAGAAACCAAAGGCAGUCAUCUCAACGCCUGAAUACUGCACACCGAAUCCUGCAACCAGUUCCAAAUCUUCAUCCCCUAUCCGUAGGGCAGGAAUACCUAAGCAUGUUGAUUCAUGCUCUCCACCUCAUUUCGGCCUGCACAACUCUAGCGACCUCAUCAAACACCUCGAGGAGCUUGACCUGAACAGUGACAAUGAGUCUACAACACAGACGCAGCCAGAACAGUGCAACUCAGAGUCAGAGGAUGAAUUACCAUCGAAGCCCUACCUAAGCCAUACAAAGCUACCACCUGUGACACCGUCACGAGCGAAGCCUCACCUUUCUCUCACUCGCUCUAUCAUAUCAAUUGACAGGUCGCCCGGCAUGGGUACUCCCACCACCAUCAAGGCCCAGAAAAAGGCCGAGGCAGCGCGGAAACGCGAGAUCCGAGCCCAAGUAGCCGAAUUCAACCAAAAGAAGAUCGGCUUUGCCGAAGAGUUCCUCCGGCACCUUGACAGUGCCUCCAAUGACCAGAUUACUCGCAUGACCGAGCAAACCGGCGGCAUCAAAAUCAUCUGGACAAAGAAUUUCCGAAACACCGCCGGCCGGGCAACCGUCCGUUCAGAAAGGUUCCUGAAAGGAGCAUCCGGCGUGGAAGACCCCGAGAAACGGCGUUAUUAUGCCACCAUUGAGCUCUCCGAGAAAGUCCUGGACAGCGAGGACAAGAUCCUCUGCACCAUGACACACGAAUACUGCCACCUCCUCGAUAUCAUGGUCACUGAAAACCGGACAAAGGGCACGGCGCAGCACGGCGCCAGCUUCAAGCAAUGGGGCGCCCGAUGUGUCCGCGCACUGGAAGGCCACCCUAUCUACGGGGGCCGGGUUGAGGUCACGACCAAACACACCUACGAGAUCAACCACAAAUACAUAUGGGCUUGUAAGGUCCAGGGCUGUGGGUUCACAGUCGGGCGACACUCGAAGAGCGUUGACCCCAAGCGUCACUUCUGCGGCCGUUGCCGGGGCGGUCUUGAGCAGAUCAAGCCGGUGCCGAGGGCUGUAGCGCCGAAGAGGCCUAUUGUUAAGGCGCCAGUUGAGGAGAAGGAUAUUGUGGUUAUUGAUCCUUGA